CUUCCAACCAUGACAUUAUGGGUAUGAGUCAUCAAGGGAGCAAAGUGGAAAGCCUUUUGAGAGGGAUAAAAAAGGAAAAUGGUAUAACAUUGCCCUUUUUGCGAACAUGACUACAUAUAAUGGUCAUUGUAUAUAUGAAAAUUCAGUGUCUAACUUUUAUUUAUUUGUUUAUUUUGGAAGGCAUUCUUGAGUACUUGGAAGGAUGCAUGCCAAUGGAGUGGAACAGCCAAAUUCUUGAUACCUUCAGGGGAAUACAUGGUAUAUGCUGCAAAUUUUAUUGGACCAUGCAGUGGAUCCAUGACCUUCCAAAUCCAAGGGGUUGUUAAAGCUCCAACAGAUCCUUCUCUAUUCUGCAAUUCGACUUGGAUUUCCUUUCAACAUGUGGAUGGCUUAGAGAUUGAAGGAGGCGGAACUUUAGAUGGACAAGGGGCUUCAGCUUGGCCUUAUUUUGAUACUUCCAAGAAUUCUAACUGCCCAACCCUUCCUAUCACACUGAAAUUAGAUUCUGUCAAAAAUGCGGCGGUGCACGACAUACACUCAAUCAACAGCAAGAGUUUCCAUUUUGGCGUCUUUAUGUGCAAUAACGUGACAUUUAGUCAUGUUAACAUAACCGCACCAGGCGACAGCCCUAACACCGACGGCAUUCACAUGAGCGUCUCCACCAACAUUCAAGUUUUGGAUUCCAACAUUGGUACUGGAGACGAUUGUAUAUCUAUGAUCAAUGGCAGCCAAAGCAUCAACAUUUCAGGGAUCACUUGUGGCCCUGGCCAUGGAAUAAGCAUCGGAAGCUUAGGGAAAAUACAAAAUGAAGUCGUCACGGAUAUACACGUCAAAAAUUGCACUUUCACUGCUACUCAAAAUGGCGCCAGGAUUAAGACUUGGGCACCAUCGGAGUCUGGUAGUGCCACAAGUAUAAAUUUUGAGGAUAUUUUCAUGGAUAAUGCUAAAAAUCCUAUCAUUAUUGAUCAGCAUUAUUGUCCAUCGCCUCCUUGCAGUAGUCAGGCGAGCUCAGUGCAAAUCAAAGACGUGACAUUCAAUAACAUAAGAGGAACUUCAAGUUCGGCGGAAGCUGUUACUUUGAAUUGUAGUGCUUCAUUUCCUUGCGAGGGAAUCAACCUUAAUGAAAUCAAUUUGGUAUACAAUGGCGCUGGUGGACCCGCUAUCUCGUCGUGUGAUAAUGCCCACGGGACAGCCACCGGCAUGGAGUUGCCUCCAAGUUGUUUAAAAUCGUCUCUGGACUCAUGAAGUUUGUAAUAUGAGAAAUUUGAAAUAUAUAUAUAUAUAUAUAUAUAUAUAGCAUAUUC